CGUAGAAGAGUGGCAUACCAGGCUGGAGAGUCCGAGUGCGUGAUUGAGGACUGUCGCAGCAGUGCGACCAGACUUCCUAAGCUGGCUUGACAGACGCCACGGUGCGCCGACAUUCCGUUUGACACAGAUGCUGACGGGCCACGGGUGUUUUGGCUCGUUUCUGUGUCGGAUCGGAAAAGAGAAGUCGGCCGUGUGCCACCACUGUGGCAACGGCCGCGAGGACACGGUUCAACACACUCUCGAGGAGUGCGCAGCUUGGGAUCUACAACGCAGCGCUCUUAGAACAGUCGUCGGAGGAGACCUCUCGCUGCCGGCCGCGGUCUCUGCCAUGGUCGGCGGCUGGAGGUCAUGGCGAGCGAUGGCCUCAUUCUGCGAGUGCGUCAUCUCGCGAAAGGAGAGUGCCGAGCGGGAUCGUGAGCAGAACGACCCCGCCCGCCACCAGAGGAGAAGAAGGAGGCGCGGGAUAGACGACUGACCGGCGCCUUAAGCCCUGUGGCUCGGGGCAUCUAAAGCAUUCCGCCACGGUAUCCCCUGCCUGUCGUAAGAGGCGACUAAUUGGGGCUUAGAGCGAGUCGCGGGCGAACAGUAGGGGGCUGCUCGCUCGACUACAGCGACUCUGAGGUGGACGACAAUGUGGGUAGUAGGUCUCCCGAUGUCGUAGACUCCAAAGGAGUCAUUCAGCAUGUGGGACAUCUUAGCCCCUUCAAUUAGAGAGGUGCCGCAAUGCGGUAUCGCGCAAGGAGAAACCCCGGGGCC